AACUGUUUCUGCAACUUGAUCGUUGCAAAACGUAGACAUUAUGUAUCUUGUUUCUUUAGUCUUUGUCUUCUAUACACCGAAUAUUUCAGAACAAUUGGUAAUCUGAUUUAGGUCAGCGGUCAAAACAUACUGACUGUAUCUAGAAAAGCACAAAACAUCAUUGAUACAAUUAGCUAAAUGCGUAAACAAGACCUAGCAAUAUUGAAGUAUUGAUAGAAACAUAGCAAGCGACAUAGAUAAAAUUUGUCGAAUAAAGUUUUCCAAAUACAGUUCUCUGAAAUGAAACUAUCAAGAAAUGACAACAACAAAAACGAAAGACUGAACCAUUUCGUUUUGUUUUUGGUGCACAUGUAUAGUUCGUCAUUAAUUUUACGACAACAAAGUUUGAAAAAAAGAAAGAAUUGGUAAAUAUAUAGAAUCAAAGAAUAAAAACAAGUUGGUAAUCGAACAUCUAAGCACGACUUUUUCAAAUGUUCCCUUUUGUAAAUAUAUAUCUCUAAGUACUCGAUAGCCUCUCUCGAUAUAACUCAAUUCCUCAACUCUCUCUUUCUCUUUUCAUCUAUAUUUGCAUUAUUUGUCUCAAUGGGAUCAACCAGCGUUCUCCUCCUUCUCCUCCUAACCGUAGUCCCUGCCGUCUUCGCCGUGACUUAUCGGGUCGGUGAUGUUGCUGGCUGGACCAGUGGGAUUGAUUACACGACUUGGGUCACUGGAAAGACUUUUCGGGUCGGUGACACUCUAGAGUUCAAGUACGGUCCUUCACACUCGGUGUCCGUGGUAAAUAAAGCUGGCUUCGAUGUCUGCGACAGUAGCGGAGCAACGCAGAGAUUCUCAGGUGGUGACACUAAGAUCGAUCUUACAACAGUUGGAACUAUGCACUUCAUUUGCCCUACUCCUGGUCACUGCCUCGGUGGCAUGAAGCUCGCCGUUCCAGUCCUUGCCGCCGCUCCAUCUCCGGCCACUCCUUCACCAACUUCUUCCCCAAAAUCUCCACCGCUUGCCCCUCGCUCUCCGCGUAAACCUAAAACUCCAUCUCCACCUGCUUCUCCUCCGGCCAAUGGCUCACCGUCAGAGUCGCCCGCGCCUUCGCCGUCUUCGCUGUCUUCAACAUCCCCAUCUCCGUCAAACGCAGCGUUUAAGGGAGUCAUGGUGAGCUAUGGAAUGAUGGGGCUCACAAUGUUGUUGACGUUUGUUGCCAUGAGCUAAAUUACAUAGUGCAGUACACCUGCUUUGUUUGUAAUGAAUUUUUCCUUCUUGUUAAUUUCAUUUUGUAAUUGGCAAUGGUGCAUGUAUAAUCAUGUAGAACAUGAUUAUGGAGCAAAUUACAAAACCAUAUUCGAUUUUAAUUUAAUAA